CUCAAGCGCUCAGAGUGAGAGUCCUACACACAGCCUCAGCCUCAGUCCACAACACAACACCGAUCGAGAACAUGUUCAGAGAACCGAAUCUCCAGCACUUCCUCUGAGGCCAUCAUUUCCGGUCAUCCACGACAGGUCUCACCACGAAACAGCACAGCGAGCUCUGAAGACUGUUUCCUGAAGACAGACCUAAAGAAUUGACUUAAAUUAUUACAUGAAAGCAACCUGUAUCAGAGAAAAGAACGUAUCCUACAUCAUCAAAUACACCAAAAAAGUAUUUUAUAGCCUUAUGUUUUAAUACGCUGUAUAACUUUGUAUUUGUUUUUUUUUUUUGUUUUUGUUUUUUAAUUUUACAUUGAGCCUAAAUGCAGCAUGUAUGUGUUUACCAUGUAGCUCAUUGCCAUCACUUUUUACAGACUUAAAGAAUUAUUUGUUAAAAGGCCAAUGUGUGUAAAUGAUAUAUUUUUGUGUAAUAAACUAAAUAUAAUUAAUAACGGUCUUCUCGCUCAUAUAAUCCCUUUUUAUCGUAUAACAAUGAGAUGCAAAUUAAACUUCUUAAUCUUUUCAGUACUGCGUAAAAUAUGUGAAUAGUUUGACUCGGGUUUUUUUUUUUUUUUUUUUUUUAAGCCAAAAGAUGCUCAAAGAGUCAAAGUUUCUGAACACGUUUCAUGUAAUUAUUUGGUUAAACACGCCAGAAAAAAGAUUAAUAAUACGCAAACAGCAAAAUCUCGACUGUUUAAUUCAUUCUUUACGAUGUUCACUCGGAUUCAUUUGGAUUCAUACAGACACCAAAUGUUUAAUUUCUUCAUUUCUUUCUUUCUGUGCCUAAUAGAUUACAUAUUAUACACACGCUAUAUUGGUGUGUAAUAUAAUCAAAGAAGCAUUUAAGAGAAUUUUACCAUUGAAAGCAGAUAAUUAGAUUUAUUCCAAUUAAACAUUUAAAGAUAGACCAUAUUAAACACCAUUAUUCACCUUCAAUAGGUUAACCCGAUGGUGGACCAAUAGUGAUUAUAUACGCAUAUGUUUAUAUAGGCAUAUAACCUUUAUUAGUUUCAAUGUAGUUAAUGAAUAAUUCAUCAUCGCUACUGAAUAACAAGCUUUAACAUUACCAUGAACAACUGAAGAGUUGUAUAGCCUUCGUAAAGAGCAUGUUUAAGACGGAUUAAUAAACAGAGCGUUCUUAUAUGGACCAGCACGAUCACAUCAACAGCAAGCUCUUAUUGGCGUAAUAUUUUUUAAUUUAAUGUUGUGGUGAUUAUCAGUGCAGUGAUUUGUAUUGAUUCAUAACUAGAAUUUAUAUAACAUAUAUAUAUAAUACAUAACUUGUAUGUAUUCAUUAAAAACUAGAAGUAUACCAAUAACUGUAGAUUAUAACGUAACUUUGCUAAAAUAUUAUGCACGAAAAUCAUGUGAAUAUACA